AUGAUGAGCAAGAAACGUGAUGGAAAGUUGUUAUACUUUGCAUUAUCGAUUGGAAUAUCGUUAGGCGGGAUUAAAACAAAAAGGACUCAAGCAUGCUGGAUAAGAUUCGAACGUGGUGAAGAUAGUGUAGACGAUCAUGUGCUAUAUCACGUUUUCGAAGCGGCUCAGAAGCUGUCUGACUUUCAUGACAACCAGGAUUAUAUGAAGUUGAUGCAAAUCAACCGGGCUUUUGCUAAAGCUGGCGAGGACUAUUUUUUCAAAAACACUCAUUCCAUAACUCUAGAUGAAUCAGAUGGUUAUUUUGUUGUUUCAGGAUACAAGAGGAAUGGUACUAAGAGUUUCACGCUAUUCAACACUGAACCAGACUUCUUUAUAAACAUUCUCGAAUUGCUCAGAGAUUUUGAUGUGCCUGUUCGAGAUAUUGACAUCUCCAACUUUCCACCGUUUUGCAUGGAGCCACGCAUACUAGAGAUACUGGCUAGUUUUUCCUAUGUACAAAAUUUGACAAUGUUCCCGAGCUGUCUUUGUGAAGGUCCUUGUCCACUAAUGAAACCGAAUUUGAAUUGUGUUACAUAUAUGACAACUUCAGCAUUUCUCUCAUUUAAAAACCUGCACAUUACUAAUGUGUCAAUGUAUAUAAGAUGUAUUAAGCAAGCUAUGAGAGUAGCAUUGCGACGAAUGGAGGAGGAUGGUAACAGUAGAACUGUCAGUGAGAAUGAUGCCUACAUGGACCUUCUUCAGAAUAUUGGCCAUGUGGAUAAUUUAACUUUUUUGGAUGCAAAUGUUUAUUACUUACCCUUCAUAUUCGUUCGCGAACUCAUUUUGAGGAUGCAAGUGAAAUGUCUGAAACUCACUCCUUGUGAAUCACCUUUCGGAUGGGAUUUCGGAUUCGCUACUGAAAUAGGAUGUAUUGAUCGUGGACCACUAUCUAUGUGGCCAGACUCAGAGGAGAAGAUCCCAAUCGAAAACCUUUUCUUCAUGUCUGUCAAUAAAGUAAUAACCGAGGACAACUUUGUAUACUGUUCGUCCAAUCUCAUAAAAUGGUUCGAAUGCACGAAAUGUCUGACCAUUGAGUACUCCGGAAUUGAAGAUAUGGAAGCUUUCCAAGAGAAAUUAUUGAGAUUUCGUACCGUAUUCAAAGGACCCUAUCCUAUCCAAAAGGUUACUCUUCGCUUGUUCGUCCAACGUCCACCAGACGUUCCCACGGAACCGCCGUUGCAACAAAAGAGUUAUAUCGAAGAGUUCUCGAUGGAUCUCCGUCGAAAGUAUAUAUUAUUCGGAUAUGAGAAUGUAAUUAUAAAAACACCUAUUAAUCCACGUACCAUAGAAGCUGUUGUGUAUGGCUAUGAUAAAGAAAUAACUUUGAAUAUAACUAUAAUGGGCACUUUUGUCAAUAUUUAA